AUGACAUCGUAUCUAGCACCGGAGAGUCCACGACCUUUUUCUAUUGCUGCUGAACAUUAUUUUCAAACGCUCAAUUUUCGUACUGGCUUACCAAUUGUAACUAAUGAACGAAUAUUCAGAGUAAGCAAAUGUCCAUUUGGUGAACAAUAUGAAAGAGAAUUCUGUUUCUAUUUGGCCAAACAUGCUGAAGUCAAUUGUAAUGAUCGUAUAUGUUUAGUUGGAGAAGAGUCUGAUUGGGCGUUGAUUGUUCAAGAAAGACUUUUUCUUAUUAAACCCGUUCAUUUCAUUGAUUGCAAAUUGCAUCAAGGCGCAAUCAAAGAACAAUUAACAGCAAAUGCAUUUGAUCGAAUAAUUCUACUGAAUUGUCUUCAUCAAAUAAGCAAUUCUUCAACAAAUGACGAUGUUCAAACUGAAAGUCAACGUACAAAUGCUAGUUCUAACAGUUCAGUGAUGUCAUAUAUAAAUAUAUUACGAAAAUCAUUAGCAAAAGAUGGCAAACUUAUUAUUACUCAUCGUGAACCAAAUAUAAAUACGUUACCACUACCAAUUGAAGUAAUAUCGAGUUGGUAUAAUGCAGAUACACAUAGCGCACGUCUUAUUGAACAGUUGCAUCGUGAAAGAAAAAGAGGCCUUGAGCUUUUAUGGGAAGUUGAAACAAUUAAAUUCAGCCUACAAAAAUUAAAUUGGUUUAAUUUAUUGAUUCAUCGAACAUUUUAUCCAUUAACAUUAAAUAAUCAAAAACAGAUUGCUGAUGGACUAAGACAAUUAAAUGAAACAUAUUUUAAAUAUCACCAAGGCUUCUUAGAAAUGUAUGAUAGGUUACUCUUUUUAACAGUUCAAAAUCAAACUGAACCAUCACCAACAACGAAAAUUGUUCUUCCAAAAUUAAUUCAAUCAUCUACAAAUCAAAUAAAUUCAACCAAUUCUUUCAGUGCAAGUCAAGGGUCAGGACGACUAAGACGUAAACCUAUUCCAUCGCAAACAGGACCACACGAAAUAUGGGAUUAUAAAAUGUUAGUCACCGAUGAAGUUAGACAAUUGUUAGAUUUAAAUCAAAAUCGAAUGGAUAAAAAACAAAAUCUUUUUAAAUCAUCUAUUGAUUUUAUGUAG